AUGGGUAAUGGUUCAUCAAAGGCUGGCAGUGGGAGGCGUGGAGACUCCGACAACUCCUCUGAAAUGAUGAGGUCGGGCGAUGACGAAGUGGAUAACGACGGCGAGUGUCUCGGUCGAGCUCCGGACAGCUUUUGGGCAGUGCCGGAGAUGCCAUCACCACCGACUGCCUCGGGGCUCUGCUGGCCAAGAUCCACCAGGGAACAAAACUGGGAUCAUGAGGUGGUAUCUGUACCAGAUAUAAGCUGUUCAGGUGCUCACACCGACUGUGAUGGUAAGAAUCAACAUGUUAGAGCCCGAAAGAGGCGGAGGCAACAACAGCAGCGUUGGAUUACUCCCUUUUGA